GCUCCACUGGAUAAAAGACGAAGUCACAAAGCAGUGGUUGCUUUUGUCUCGCGACUUCCGAAAUAAACACGAUAAAAACACGUGCAGUGCGCGUUGCGACAUUGCUUGCGCGUUUCGUGAGUUUUGAAUGUCCGUGUAAUUCGCAAAGUUUUCUGAAGUUUAGACACUUAGAACUAGGUAUAUCUAUAUCAGAUACGAAUGGCAGAUGUAAUAAUUCUUCCCCCGUGUACCGACGAUGACAAGACGGAAGUAUUCAAUAAAAUAUCUCCAUUCUCCUGCGUCUCUGUUGAAACGGUUGGAAGAUGGUUCGAGUCGGUGUUUUCGAACCAAAGAGCGCGGCACACGUCGUCCGCAGCGUCACUGGAUUCUGAGUCGUCCGACGAAGAGGAUGUCAGCGUGGAGGAAGAGCAUCCCGACGAAGUGAAGCACUUGCAGAGCCUAGAUCCCAAGGACUGGAAAAAUCAAGAUCAUUAUCGUGUCCUAGGCCUUCAUGCGAAGAGAUACAGAGCUACAGAAAAUGAUAUCAAGAGAGCAUAUAGACGUAAGGUUUUGCUGCAUCAUCCAGACAAGCGCAAGACAGCCGGUGAAAAAGUGCAAGACCUGGACCACGACUAUUUUUCCUGCAUAACGAAAGCUUAUGAAAUCUUGGGGGUUCCUGCAAAACGUCGUUCCUACGACAGUAUCGACCCGGAGUUUGACAAUGAGAUACCUCAGCUAACAAAUGGGGCAAAGCAGAACUUCUAUGCUGUGUUCACACCUGUCUUUGAGUCAAAUGCCAGGUGGUCCACAAAAAGGCAUGUUCCCAGACUGGGUGAUGACAAUGCAACAAGAGAUGAAGUUGACAAGUUUUACCAUUUCUGGUACAAUUUUGACUCAUGGCGGGAAUAUUCCUACUUAGACGAAGAAGAAAAGGAAAAGGGUGAAAACCGAGACGAGAGGCGAUGGAUUGAAAAGCAGAAUAAAGCAGCUCGUCAGAGGCUUAAAAAGGAGGAGAUGCAAAGGAUUCGGCAGCUGGUUGACACAGCGUAUGCAUGCGACCCACGUGUGCAGAGGUUUAAGGAAGAAGAUAAGGAAAAGAAACUAGCUCAGAAGAGGGCCAAGCAAGAGGCUGCAAGGCUAAAGGCUGAGGAAGAAGAGCGAGCUCGCCAAGAAAGACUGGAAAUUGAAAGGCUCGCAAGGGAGCAAGAGGAGGAAAAUACUCGGCAACAGAGAGAGAAAGAGAAACGUGAGAAGGAAAACCUGAAGAAACAACUGAAGAAAGAGCGCAAGACCUUGGAAACACUCUGCUCCCAAGGAGACUACUACGCAAAAGAUGAGGAGGAACGAGUGCUGCACCUACAACAGUUGGAUAAGCUAUGCAAGCUGCUGACUCUCCAGAAGUUGCAAGAUAUGAAUGAAUCUCUGCAGAGCAGUAGUGAAGAAGAGAGGAGAGGCAUUUUUCUCAAGGAGGUGAAGGAACUGGACGACCGGUUGGAGCAGGAAAAAGCAGAGCUGAUCAGCGCCAGCCAGAAAAGCUCCGCCAACCAGGCCGAGAGCCACGGCGGUCAGAAGGCGUGGCCAGCGGACGAUAUCCAGUUACUGGUCAAAGCUGUCAAUCUCUUUCCAGCAGGCACAACUAAUAGGUGGGAAGUAGUAGCAGCUUUCAUUAAUCAACACUCGACAAGUGGAAUUCAAAGGAAUGCCAAGGAAGUUUUAGCUAAAGCAAAGAACCUACAGAGGCUGGAUCCCAACUUGAAAGAAGAAGCAAACAAGAAAGCAUAUGAGCAGUUAGAGAAGACAGUCAAGAAGGGAGAAGUGGCAUUCAAGGAUGAGUCAACGCCAUCUGAACGCUUUGACACACCAGCUGACCUGCAAGGUCUCAAUCCAAGCCCAUGGACUGCUGAAGAACAGCGUCUCCUGGAACAAGCCCUUAAGACGUAUUCCAGUGCUACACCCGAUCGGUGGGACCGCAUAGCAGACUGCAUCCCCAAUAGGAGCAAGAAGGACUGCAUUCGUAGAUACAAGGAGCUGGUGGACAUGGUGCGUAUCAAGAAAGCAGCUCAGGCAGCAGCGGCACAGGCAACAGGCCGUCCCAAAUGAUGCUGCCCUACUCCCUUAGCAUUCAAAUGUUUCUUGUCACUGCACUUUGGCCUAUCUAAUAAAUUUGUUGUUCUGUCA